AUGAUUCCUGUUGAAUUUUUUCUGACGACUCUUAAAUAUUUUUGUUGUUGGCCUUUCAGUAACAAGAAUAAAAAGGAUAAGAAUGUCUUGGUAACUCCUCCAUCCAGACUUCCCCGCAACCAAAAAUGCCUAAAUGCGGGUCUAUUACGAGGAAAAAAACUGAGUGAGGUAGCCCUAAUUAUCCGCCAACCUAGAGAACCAUGUGCUGAUUCCUCUAGAUCGUCGUCUUCAUCAUCUGCUGUUAUAUCUACAACCCCAAGCGAUGAAGAAGAAGAAGUCACGAAACAUGAAGAAAUUCCUUUAGUAGGUGAAUAUAAUGCUUAUGAUGAUGAGGAGGAUGGUGAUCAAAGUAAUGUUGGCCAUGGAGGGAAUGGUGGUGAUGGUGGUGAUGGAUUGAAUGGUGGUAAUGAGGUGGCAGAGAUAGAGGAAGAGGGGGAUCAAGGUAAUGAUGAUCAAGGUAAUGAUGAUGAUGAGGAUGUAAAUGGUGGUAGUAGCAGUGAUGAAGAGGAUGAUGAGGAUGAUGGUAAUGAUGGUAGUAGCGGUGAUGAUGAUGAUGAGGAGAUUCAGGAGGAUGUUGCGCAACCACCACAGCCGAAGCCGAAGGAGAAAGUCCUAAAUAAACCAAGCGCGCGACACAUUCCACCCAUGCGUUUGCAGCUUACUCGUCUACCCGGUGGGAAAGCCAGAGGUGAACCUAAAGAUGGCGGCAAAGUUCUAUUCGAAUAUGAUAGCUCGUGGACCCGUACCAUCAAUGAGACAAUUGAUCAUAAGAAUGCCACACGUCUUUUUAUACACCAAUCUUCUUAUGCAAAAAUGAAAAAAUGGCCCCUAUAAGGUGAAUGUCCAAGAGUAAGAGCCAUUGUUGAAAACUCAGGUUUGUAUGCUGCCGUUCAAAACUCCGUUAUUGCAUAGGACAAGGCUGCAGUAUCAUGUUUUACUGAGAGGUUUUACGGCGAAGUCGAUACAUUCCAAUUCCCUUUUGGCCAGAUGACAUUGAUUCCCGAAGACGCAGAACAGAUUCUAGGAUUUCAGAUUGAGGGAAAAUCCACAGAAGACAAGUUCAAGAAAAACCUAGAUCGAAUUUUUUUUUAUGAAUUGACGGAGAAGUUGUUUGGAUGGGAUGAAAGAAGACGUAUGGCCUCUUUGUGAUGGGAAAGAAGUACCCAAAGAAAGAGUUUAAACUUAUUGAGAUUAGAAAUAUGUAUGCGGGGUCACUUGAGAAAGACGGAGACAAUGAACUACUCUCUGAUUUUGAAGUUCGUGCGACGGCAGCCGCAUACUUUUUGUAUGUCCUUGUUUCGGUUAUGUUUCCCGAUAGCAAAGGAAACAGAGUCAGCGUUAACCUUCUUCAACUUUUGGAUCCCUUGGAGGAGGUGAGUAAAUAUUCGUGGGAGACUGCCAUAGUAGCACAUUUGAACGGUCAUCUAGCAAAGGCAUCCCGGGAAAGAACUUCUCAAAUGAACGGGAAUUUGGCUUUACUUCAGGUGUGGAUUUACGAUCAUUUCCCCUCAUUGAUCAAAGGCGAUGGAGACAUCCAAUUGCAUCCAACAUGGAACAAUACUAAACCAAGAGGAACCCGAUACACGUACACUGGAAGUCAGGAUAAGGAUGAAGCGCAUAAGUUGAAGUUGCUAGCCAUGCGCCAAAAAUUGGACAACAUGACAGCCAAAGUGGUAACCUUUGAUCCCUACAAGGAAGAUAGAGUAGGAGGAUUGCAAGAUCUUGCAUAUUUCCAUGGCCCUUGUUUUACCCUUAUUGAUACUCAAUGUACAAUCCGCAUAGAGUAAUGUGUCAUCUUGGGUAUAUUCAAGAUUCACCCGAUGAGGAUUAUGUACCACCGUUCAAAUAUAAAUUAAAGAAACGCAAGGCGGACAAAAAGGCGUUGGUUGUUGCUUACGAACCUGAGCCUAAGACUGAGCAUUGGAAUAAUAGGCAUUUGGGUACUAGUAGGGUAGAAAUAUCUUGGUGGGAGCAUGUUAAUGAAGGUCAUGAGGUAACCGAUGAUUACAUGACAUGUUAUUAAGGCUUCUCCCACGCUAGAGUGAUAAGGAUUGAUCAGACUACGGGUAGGAGGAGCAACAAAGCAUCUUCCGCUUCUUCUACAGCCGACACUAGAGAUGACUCUUCUAUUCUUAAGCUUGUGGGAACGAGUGAAGAUUUUUAUGAAGUCAUUUUGUUGCGAAGACGAUAAAGGAGAAGUGAUAGAAACUGAGCAAAGUCACAUGUACGUUGAGUACUUCCAACACAUUGAAAAUCCACAAGCAAAGAAAAUGUUUGUUGAUCUGGAAAAGCAAUGUAAGAGGACAAGGAGAACAACUAGCCAACUAACACAAGAACGUGCUCAAAAGGGAGAUGGUGAUGAUCAAGGUAGUGGAGAAGAAGGUGGUUCUCAAAGGGGCAGUCCUGGACAAGGUCCUUCAAAGAAAAAUCGGACAUCAUCAAGUCAGGGAAGUCAGAGAGGUCGAUGUCGAGGUGGUA